AAUGACAGUGACAGAUCUGUGAAAAAAGUUUGUGAUUUCUAACUUGUAUAUUUUUGCUGAUACAUUUUCAAUUUCGUUGGAAAUUUAAUUACACUAGAGAAAAAUGAGCUACGUUUUGUGUCCGGAAAUACCAGAGCCGGGAUUUUCAUUCGAAAACUGCAAAAGAAAUGCCUUACUGGAAAGCAAGGGAUUUACCACCCCUAAAGCUAUCAAGACAGGUACUACAAUCGUAGGGAUAGUUUACAAAGAUGGCGUGAUUCUUGGAGCUGAUACUAGAGCUACAGAAGAUACUACAGUAGCCGAUAAAAACUGCGAAAAAAUCCACUUUCUGGCACCAAAUAUGUAUUGUUGUGGUGCAGGAACUGCCGCAGACACCGAAAUGACCACUCAAAUGGUAGCAGCCCAACUGGAAUUGCAUAAACUCUACACGAACCGAGAAGCUCGUGUAGCGACAGCCAACCAGCUCCUGAAGCAAUAUUUAUUCAGCUACCAAGGCUACAUUGGAGCUGCGCUGAUUCUUGGAGGCGUUGACAUCGAAGGGCCCCAUUUGCACAUGAUUUAUCCUCACGGUUCCAGCGUGGAUUUGCCUUAUGCUACCAUGGGAUCCGGUUCUUUAGCCGCCAUAUCAGUGUUUGAGUUAGGUUGGAAACCGGAGAUGGGAGAAGAAGAGGGCAUCCAGCUGGUUAGAAACGCUAUAGCUGCUGGUAUAUUCAACGAUUUAGGAUCUGGUUCCAACGUAGAUGUGUGUAUCAUACGUAAAGGAGUGGUAGAUUAUAGGAGGACCUACGAUGAAGCCAAUAAAAAGGGCGUGAGACAAGGAUCUUACAAAUUCCCCAGGGGCGCUACGGCUGUUUUGUCUACUAAAGUUGUCGAUGUAGAAGAAGUUUCUGUUACACCCGUAGAAGCUGAAAGAAUGGACGUUGCCGCUUUUUAAGUUCAAUAUAAUUUUUGUCACAGGUUUUGUAAAAUUAAAUUAUACAUAAUAUGUAUUUGUACUUUCUUUCGUAUUUUUCGUGGA